UUGAAAUCUAGUAGUUCAUCUUGUUUUGAAACGCUCACAAACGAUAGACAAGAGGCUUGGGCUUUUAUAAUCAGUGCUGUAUAGCUUAGGUUGAGACAAAGACGAAUACAUUCAUACGUCGCUUUGUCUCAGUAGCAGGAGACGGACAUAUUAAUUAAAGCUGAGACAAAUACAUAGCCCAGCUUUAUGUUUCAGUGACAGAAAAAGCAAACAGUAAACAUCCAGAUUCCUGAAGAUGAAUCGAAUUAUUUUUAUCGUGUUUCUAUGUGGUUUUCCGUGCAGUGCUCAGUUUCCCUUCAGAAACACCUCCUUACCUUGGGACGAUAGAGUCAACGACCUUGUUGGCCGACUGACCAUCCCACAAAUCGCCCAUCAGAUGGCGAGAGGGGGACAAGGGAUAUUCGCAAGUCCUGCCCCCGCCAUCAAUGAGCUCGGCAUUGGUCCGUACUCCUGGAACACGGAAUGCCUGGCUGGAGAUGUCAAGGCAGGGAGCGCCACGGCAUUCCCACAACCUAUUGGCAUGGCUUCUACAUUCAGCCCAGGUCUGGUCCAGAGGGUGGCGGAGGCGAUCGGCGUUGAGGUGAGGGCCAAGUUCAACGACUUCAACGCCCGUAGGAUCUACGGGGACCACAAGGGAGCCAGCUGUUUCUCACCUGUCAUCAAUAUCAUGAGGGACCCCAGGUGGGGAAGGAAUCAGGAGACCUUCGGAGAGGACCCGUUUCUCAGCGGUGAGCUGGCGGCUAGCUUCGUGCAAGGCCUUCAGGGUGAUCACCCUCGCUACAUCAGGGCGAACGCCGGCUGCAAACACUUUGACGUGUACGCUGGUCCAGAGAAUAUUCCCGUCUCCAGGAUGAGUUUCAAUGCUAUUGUAUCUGACCGCGACUGGAAAACGACUUUCUUACCCGCCUUUCGUCGAUGUGUGACUGCAGGCACUUACAGUUUGAUGUGUAGCUACAACAGAAAGCGCCAUCAUUCUCAAACUAGUUGACGACGCCACAGUCCGGAGCAGGGUCAAGGAUCUUUUCUACACGCGCAUGCGCCUGGGCGAGUUUGACCCACCGGAAGACAACCCGUACGCCAAACUGGGUCUGAAGGAUGUGUUGACCCCGGAACAUGUGGCCUUGACCGAGGAAGCCGCUGCUAAGACUAUCGUCCUGUUGAAGAAUCAAAGGAAUGCUUUGCCUCUGAAGACAGCUUAUUUCAGCAAGAUAGCGGUGGUAGGACCUAUGGGAGACAACCCCAGCCAGAUGUACGGCAAGUACUCCGUGGACCUCGACAAGGCGCGCGUGAGUACCCCACGCCAGGCACUCACCAAAGUAGGCGAGACGUUCGCCUAUGCCAGUGGCUGUGAGCGCACAAGCUGCAAGUCUUACAACGAUGACGACAUCAAAAAGGCUGUGCAAGGAUCAGAAGUCGUGGUGGUUGCUCUGGGAACGGGCUCUGACCUGGAGAGCGAGGGAAACGACAGGUCAAAUAUCUCGCUUCCCGGCCAACAGUUGGCGCUCCUACAGGCUGCUGUCAAAUAUGCGAAGAACCAGAUCGUGAUUCUGUUGUUGUUUAGCGCUGGUCCUCUCAAUGUGGAGUGGGCAGAGGCAAGUGAAGGAGUCAGCGCCAUUCUGCAGAUGUCAUACCCUGCCCAAGCCUGUGGCACGGCUCUGGUCCGAGUGUUGCUCAAUGAGAACGGGAACUCGUCCCCGGCUGGCAGACUGCCCUACACCUGGUACAAGGGAGACUACACGGGGCAGUCAAGAUCUACGCAGGAGGCCAACAGCCGGGUCAAACCAAGAAGAUCGAGUAUUCCAAUGUACUUGAGGGUAGUGUGCUGAUUACCGAUUACGCCAAGCUAGCGAACUGAUGACAGUCUGUUCACAAAUUAUUUUUUACAUGACUAUUUUGAGCCGUUAAUUUUAUAUGAAGAAAAAUGUAACAACUGGUUGAGUGAGGGUGUUUGUGUGUGUGUGUUUGUCGUUUAUGUGAGUGUGUGUGUGUGUGUG